CGUGAAUCCCUUUUGGGGUAAUUUUGGUCGUGUCUGGUGUACCAAUGACUGGGGCAUUUGCUGGGGUAGGCCGUAUAUUAGCGAAAAGCGGCGGAAGAUGGGCUGUAUAUAAGCUAAGGACUUGUUGGUGGUUGCACUUGUUUUAAUCUGUUUUGGGAGGUUCUUCGUGCAGUUUUCCCACACCAUUUCCGGUGUCAUUAAAUUAGCCAUCGCGGCCUUCCUCUCUCUCAAGUAGUGUCAUCUCUCAAGGAAACGGGGGUCUCAUCCGCAAGUCACAGGCGAUCGAAAUGGCGGCCAAAUCUGAAACUACUGUUCCAACAAACCCAGAUUCAUAUCUCCACAACCCUGUUUUCGACCUCUUCUCUCUGAAAGACCGUGUUGUCGUAAUCACGGGCGGUGCUCGGGGAAUUGGCCUAGCUCUUGGGUUUGCCGUUGCAGAAGCUGGGGGAUCGGUUGCGAUCCUCGAUGCGGCGCCGCAACCCCACGAGCAUUACAAGAAACUGCAAGAAAUAUGCAAGGCUGAGUUCUAUCAAGCAGAUGUGACCGAUUAUGAGAAACUGCAGGCAACCUUUGAUAAGAUUGUCAAGGAUUUUGGACGAAUAGACGGCCUGAUCACAGCGGCAGGCGUAUGCCCCGACCAGGCCUUCUUGGAUCGAGAUCCGAGAGACGUGGAGCGCACCUUCAAGAUCAAUGUCUUCGGCACCUACUUUGCAACUCAGUUGGCUGUGAGGCAGAUGGUGAAGCAGGGGAGGCGAAGUUCGGCUCUAACGUCAGGCGCUGGAUCGGUUGUCCAUAUUGCCUCUGUCUCGGCACAUGAAGCCCCCAAACUCCAGCUGACGAGCGAUUAUUCUUCGAGCAAGGGGGCUGUCCUCGGUCUGACGCAUCAGCUGGGGUCUGAGCUGGCAAGUAUGGGUGUAAGGGUGAAUAGUAUCUCCCCAGGAUACAUCUUGACGGAUAUGAGUAUGGCCCUUCUUGAGCAAAGGAAGGAUGUAGGCGAGGUAUUUGUAAACGCACCAGCCAUGAAGCGGAUGGGGGACCGUACCGACUUGAAAGGGGCUGCGGUUUACCUGCUAAGCGACGCCAGUGCGUACAUGACUGGUAGUGAGAUGCUCAUUACCGGAGGUUUGCACGUCACGUAGAAGCGUCGAGAAAUUAACAUCUUCUUCUCUUCGAUAUCCGAAAC